AUGCCACCAACACCUCCACGAGCAGCAGAUAGUUAUUACGGGAUUGGACUAAGUGCUGAACAAGAAAUAGAGAAGAGAGAAACAAUAACUAGCAGAGAUAGUCAUGGAGCUGGGGUUGGGCAUUUAACAAAAAACGACGACAUAAAGGAUUGCAAAAGCAACAAUUUGAAUACUGCAAUUGGUCCCUGGAAUCUACGCCGACUAUCAUCCUCGUUGGACUAUUAUGUUAAUUAUAAUAAAAAUUUGUUGUAUACUGUUGAUUUGGAGAAUGCUGACGAAGUUAUAGAUUAUUAUUUUGAGGAUAAUAAUAAUAACGAUAACGACGACGAUUACAUUGAAAAUUUUAAUAAUUACAAGAAGAUUGGUAGUAAUAGUAAAUCAGGUUCGAUAUUUGAUUAUGAAAGUGCGGUAAAAACUCCAAGACAGUUCCGUGCUUUGUCUCGCCUAACGCUUACACAAACUCUACGAAACUGGAAAAUAAAUUUGACAUGUGUCGUAAUCGUCCCUCUAAUAAUGUUAAUAAUCAUGCAAUCCAUAAUUCUCGUGAUCACGCGAACAUCUAACGGUAAUGAUAAUUCAAACCGACAAAAAAUCGUCUUUUGCUCGAAUUCAGCCCAAUUUAUGGAUACAACGUGGGGCAAUAUACCACGUCUAACUCGAACUAAAGACGAAUUGGAUAAAGAGAAAAAUCCCAUUAUAUAUGAUGUUGUUCGACCGUCUAUUCUUAAAGAUCCGUUUGUGAACUUGGAUACGAGUCAGGUUCAAGCACCUCAUGAAUGUGCCAACGUUUUUAUGGGAAAGUCGAAUAAUUAUACCGUGGAAAGUCCGUAUUUUAUAGAUUCCGGUGCUAAUGGUGUUAGUCACAUUUAUCUAGACACAACAUAUUUACCAAAACCUAAAGGUGGAUGGAAGUAUUUUAAUGAUCAAUCGAUUUUUCCUAUAAACGACACAAUCUUGUACAAUAUAUCAGCACAAACCCUUCCCUGGGGAUACUUAGUAACCGAUCAAGGAGUUCAAGAUAUAGACAGCACUCUAUAUGACAAUCCGGCUGAUACAACUCUAAUCACACUGUUGAAUCAAACCACAAUUUUUUAUACAAGGAAGGAAAAUAGUAAUUUUUUGAAAGGAAUUCCGGAUCAAUUUUUCCAAUUACCAAUAGACAAUUCGCCACAGUUAGCUAGUUUAAAGGAUUUUUUGAGUACAUUUUUCUCUGGGGAUGCAUCCACCUAUUAUGUAGACACUGGUAUUUUCAUUCGUUCACCACAUGCAUUAGCUGAGGGAGCUUUGGUCGCCAAUAUUAAUAAGACUUUCGAAAACUUCAAAACAAUGAUUUUAACUAAUACUUCAUUCUCGCUCGACCAAACAACAUUACCACCGCCUCAUGGUAUACUUUAUUUCGACAAUAUCGACGAAAAACAGAGUCAAAUGUCGUAUACGUUACAGUAUGGUAAUAUACCAAUAGCGCUUCAACUCCUUGCAACCGAACUACCAUACGUAUUAAAUAUUACGGAUAAGAAUAGCACAGAACUUACCAUAGAUACAUUUAUCCAGCUGUUUUCUAAGUAUCCGAGUGCCGGAUUUCGUCGGUUAAUUGCUGUCAAUCAGUUGUCGAAUGCUUUAGGAGCAGGAAAACUAGAGAUUGUUCAUAAGUUACGGGCAAUGCCUCGACAAUUCUCGGUCACAGAAAACGAUCGAGAUAAUUCUGCGAUAGUUGGGUCUGCGUUUUAUACAUACAAUAUCAUAUUUGAUGGAUCUUCUCCUCCACGUAUCUGGUACAUACAUCCUUCGUUCGCAUUCUAUGAAGGAAUACGAAGAAUCACAGAUACCGCGUCGUUGAUUAAUAAUUUACGGCCAUACGAAUUAUUUUCACUUCAGGCAGACGAUGAAUUAUUCGUGAUCAUGACGGUUUUGAUCAGUGAAGCUUUCUUGAUGAUCAUUUUGAGUUUAUACUUUCAGUUAGUGUUACCAAGUGAAUAUGGAAUACAAAAAGGCUACUUUUUCUUCAUCACUGAGCCAUUCAAGAAAUAUAUUCUGAAUCAAAAAAAUAAUGAUACAAACAUACAUGAUCCGACGCAAACUAUUAUGUUGGCGCAGGCAUUAGGUGAAACGAUGGGAGAUGAUGACGUAAAGGCAGAAAGAUUACGCGUGCUAAGUGGAAACUAUCCCGUCGAAUCCACUAACCUUGUAGUGAAAGAGCUGGUAAAAGUUUAUCCGGAUGGCAAGUUAGCUGUUGAUAAUCUUACGUUUGCCGUUGAGAAAAACGUAGUUUUUGGGUUACUUGGACCGAAUGGUGCCGGGAAAACUAGCACUAUGCAUAUUUUGACAGGGCUCUAUCCGCUGACUUCAGGUUCGGUAUAUAUCGACGGAACUGAUAUUAGAUCAGACGUGGAAAAAAUUUAUACGAAAAUCGGCGUUUGUCCACAGUUUGACUUAUUAUGGCCAGACUUAACAAUCGAAGAACAUUUACUAUUUUACGCACGAUUACGAGGUGUCGACCCACGUUUGGAAACCGAGGCCAUUAAUCACACAUUGAAACUUGUCGAAUUGACCGAAUUCAAAUAUAGACUUGUUCGAGGAUUAAGCGGUGGAGAGAAACGACGGCUGUCAAUUGCUAUCGCGUUGACUGGCGAUAGUAAAGUAGUAUUCCUUGAUGAACCGACAACUGGUCUAGAUCCGGAUGUUCGUCGUACCAUUUGGAGCAUUAUCGCAAAUGCAAAACAAGGAAAAACGAUAAUUUUGACAACGCAUUCGAUGGAAGAAGCAGAUGCGUUAUGCGAUAGACUUGGCAUUAUGGCUGCUGGACAUUUACGAUGUCUCGGAUCUCCGUUACACCUAAAACAAAAACAUGGAACAGGCUAUCAAAUUUCCUUCAAUGUGGUCGCAACCGCUAGUCUCGACCACGCAUGCGACCAAAUAAUCGCCCUUCUUCCCUACCCACAUAAUCAAAUCGAGAAAUUUGACACGAUGGCCACAUACCAAUUUGGUGCACAGCAAGGGACUCUCGCAACGCUUUUCAAAGAGAUUGAACAAAAUAAGGUCAAUUGGGGAAUUCAGGAUUAUUCGAUUACACAGAGCUCAUUAGAGGAUGUGUUUUUACGGGUUGUUAAAGCUGCUGAAGAACGGUCGUUUUUUGAGUAA